AUGGCGUCCGACCUGACUUCUGCGCCCGUCCUCUCGACGCCCGCGGAGCACACCUUUUCCGACGAUCCCACGCCGAAUGCUGUCUUGGAUGCUGCAAGAUCCAAGAGAAGCGACGAUGAGCUCCGACGCGUCUACGAAAUCGAACGAACUGUCUCCGAGAUUGCCCAAAAAGGAUGGCGACGCGUGGCGUUGCAGUUUCCAGACGCUAUGUUGAGGGACGCCGGAUGGGUCGUCGAAGCAUUGAGUCAAGAGUUGAGGAGGGUUCCCUUGAGCCCACCGUCUGCUGAAAUAAAGAAUGGCUCGAGCGACUUGGAAACCGACAUGAAUGCUUCGAACACGGCUACGAAUGGCGAGACGGCAGAAAUUGCACAACCAAACGGACAAGACGCGGAGAAGAGCAUACCAAGGUUAUACGUCUUGGCCGAUACAUCGUAUAGUUCGUGCUGCGUAGACGAGAUCGCUGCUGAACAUGCGGACGCAGAAGCAGUGGUACAUUAUGGUCGGGCAUGUUUGAGUCCAACUGCGAGGUUACCUGUUUUACACAUCUUUACAAAGCAGGAACUGGACUAUGAUGCUGUAUGCGACGCCUUUGAGAAGGAAUUUGACAACAAGAAGGAUGAAAAGGUGGUGAUCAUGGCAGAUGUCAUGUUCCAGGAUCAUGUCAAGCCAAUUUGUGCCAAGUUGACCGACAAGGGCUGGACAAAUGUCAAAGCAACGGAAAUCGUCCGAGAUCCAAGUGCGACGAUACCGAAUCGAAAGCUCGUCGAGUCUGAAGAUAACUCGUCAGAUUCAGCAUCUACAAUCACUGACCUGAAAGACCACCACAUGUUUCAUAUUUCAACGCCACCGACGGCCCUGCUUCUCACGCUUUCCUCCCGACUCUCGUCUUUGCGUAUAUAUGACACCCCAGUGUCGCCAUACACGACGGCAACAGACUCGAAACCUGAUCCAUCCAUCACGGCAAAUAUGCUCAGCCGAAGGUACGGCCUUGUGAUUAGACUGGCUACGGCCUCCAUUUUUGGAAUUCUAGUCAAUACGCUCUCGGUAGCCAAUUAUCUGCCUACUAUUACCAAGCUCAAGGAGCAAAUUGCUGCGGCUGGCAAGAAGAGCUACACGAUCGUAGUCGGCAAAUUGAACGCUGCAAAGCUGGCCAAUUUCGCAGAGGUUGACGGGUGGGUUGUGGUUGGCUGCUGGGAAAGUGGUCUAGUAGAGCAGGAUGGCAUGUGGAAGCCCGUUCUGACCCCAUUCGAGUUGGAACUGGCCCUGGCAGGUGACGACAAACGAAUUUGGGAUGGAAGCUGGUGGGGUGGAAUUGAGGGAGUUGGAAAGGAUUCUGAGGAGGACGUCGAGGACGAAAACAAUGAAGAAACGGAGGAAAGCAACACUUUUGCACAAGAUGUGGAUGGCGGGGUGGAUGAUGAGGAAUCAGAGCCUCCCGAGUUUGACCUUCGUACUGGAAAGCUCAUCAGCAACAGCCGUCCCAUGCGCAUGGCAAUCCGGAGUCAGCAAGCCGCCAAGAAUGACUCGGCGUCGACACAGACAUCGGCAACCAAAGCCAAGGACCCCUCAAAUGCCCUGGUCCAACACAAGUUUGGUGAACUAGCCAUGGUCAAUGGAGUUGUCAGUCCUGGUGCCCAAUAUCUGCGGUCUCAAAGGACGUGGCAAGGCCUUGGAAGCGACUUCAGAGAUGUUGACGACGACGAGAAAGAGUAUGAGGACAGCACUCUGGUGCAAGAAGGACGCAGUGGAGUGGCACGUGGAUAUACAGUCGGAGAAGACAGCGAGAGAAACUGA